GCCAAAGGCACGCAGAACAAAGGAGGUGUGUCCUACGGAUCUUUUAAUAGCCGGGCUCGUUCCUGUCGAAGACGGAAAUUCACAGGUAGCAUCAGAAGCUAACAGCCACUUGCGGAGUCACCGUCGCCAUACGUCGACAGUGCAGUAGGAUGAAUGCGUCAUGUCGCUCCAGGACAUGUUAGAUGAGCGAAUGGGCGUGGCCAAAGCCCUGUGCCAGCGAGCCCAUCAAAUCGAUCCCGCCGUGGAAGGACGCGGAAAGCUUUGCAGCAAGCUCCGUGCCGAGCUGCGCUUUCUGCAGCGCGCGGAAGGCGGCCAGGUUCUGCUCAAAGAGUCUCACCUGCACAGCACCAACCUCACGCACCUGACCGCCGUGCUGGAUUCGGCCGAGAGCUUGGAGGGAGUGGUGGCGGUGCUGCAUGUCUUUUCAUACCGGGACGCCGCUGGCGACAAGCGCACGCUGGUGGUGGAUGUGGUGGCCAACGGCGGGCACACGUGGGUCAAGGCCGUGGGCAGGAAGGCGGAGGCGCUGCACAACAUCUGGCAGGGCCGCGGCCGCUACGGCGCCAAGAGCGUUAUCGGGCAGGCCGAGGACUUUGUUCUCGCCAGCCGCCAACAGCCCGUCCAGUACCUCCACCCUCGGGUUGUCUUUGCCUUCUACAAUGGCGUGUCCAGCCCCAUGGCGCGGCGCCUGGAGGAGAUGGGCGUGGCCGUCCGCGGGGACAUCGUGGCCGUCAACGCCGAGCAGGCGCAGGGUGGCGAUGAUGAAGAGGAGGAGGAGGCUGAGGAGGGAGACGACGACCACGAGGAGGUCACAGACGGAGAGGAGGAGCCCGAGCCCACCCGAGUGGACCGCGGCACAGUAGUGGCCAGCCUGGCGUUCCCCACGGCGGUGCACGCCGAGGAGUGCGGGCGCGUCAACCUGGACAUCACCGCGCUCAUCGCCUACGUGUCGUCACUCAGUCACGGCCGCUGUCAUCUGGCCUUCCGCGAGCCCGUCUUGACCGAGCAGGCGGCCCAGGAGCGCCGCUGGCCGGUCCUGCCAUUGCUGGAUGCCUUCAUGGCGGGCAAGGAGCUGUACGCCUGCAGCGCCGCCGUGGCUGACUUCCGGCUCAUCCUGGACACGCUGGGCGGGCCCGGCGAGAAGGAGCGCGCUCGCCAGCUACUGGCGCGCCUGCGCCUGGUGGACGACCGGCCGUCGGAGCGGGCGCUGGCGCUAGUGCCCAGCGCCAAGGUCAACCGCCGCUCGCUCUUGAUCUUCGGCACCGGGGACUCGCUGCGCGCCGUUACCCUGACCGCCAACGGCCGCUUCGUCAGGGCGGCGGCCAAUCAGGGCGUCCGAUUCAGCGUCUUCAUGCACCAGCCGCGAGCGCUCACCGAGGGCAAGGAGUGGAGGGCCACGCCUGUCCACAGUUUAAACCAACUUUCAACGGAGAGCUCUUGAGUUUCACCUUUUCGCUCGUUUUUUUUUUUCUGCACAAUUAAAGCAUCCAAGGCACUUCAA